CAGAGUCCCGUCCAAGACUGGUUGUACUCGUUAGGCCAUACUGGCUAAGUCGCACACUGGUCCGUGUCGCACUGGCGGAGUCCCGUACAAGACUGGUCUCAGCCUUCAUAGGUACUUUCUCAACACGUGGCCAUGAGAACUAGGACAGGACAGGAGCCAGAUGACAUACGAGGGGGUUCCCAAAAGAAACGGAUAUUGUUUCAUAUAUGUUUAUUCACUGAUCCCUACACAUCGUCACUCAUAUCAUUCUUAAAGUACUCUCCCUGCGAGACAAUGCACCUAUGCAGACGCGUUUUCCAGCUCUCAAAGCAGCUCUGGAACUCUUGCAAGGUGAUGCCUUGCAGAGCCAUCGUCGUUUUUGCUUUUACCUUAUCAAAGUCGUCGAAAUGGUUUCCCUUGAGGUCUUUUUCAUUCUGGGGACCAGGAAAAGGUCACAGGGUGCCAAAUCCGGUGAAUAGGGAGGGUGGAUCCGUGGGGUCAUGCAUUUUUUUGUCCAAAAUUGUCUGACACUCAAGGCGGUGUGCGCUGGCACACUGUCGCGAUGAAAUCACCACUCCCCGCUUCGCCACCUGUCGGGGAGUUUUCGUCUCACCGUGUUUCACACACGCCGCAGAACGUCCAAGUAAAACGUCUGAUUGGCAGUUUGACCAGGGAGGAACAAUUUCCUUUUGCACACUUCCCUUUGCAUCGAAAAAACAAAUCAGCAUUGUCUUGACAUUUGACUUCACUUGGCAAGCUUUUUUGGGGCGCUUUUGGGAUAACAUUUGACCACUUUUGAAGUGCGAAAAUCAUUCAUAAACCCGCGUCUUGCUCACGGCAGCAUAUUUGUAUGCUACUUGAAGCAUUGGAACCGUUUCAGUCGCGGACUUCCCCAGCAGGAAACAAAAUUUCACAGAUGCGCGUUGUUGCUCAGUUCCGCUAUGCAUAAAAAACGACGGAUUGGGCGGGAGUGCUUCAAUAAAUACGUGCGCCACGCGGCCGCGCCUCUUUAUUUCGUCACCUCACGGUGCAGACUAAGUCCCAGGGGCCAGACUGGUUUGCCCCUAGCAGGGCAAUGCCGAGCUACAACUGGCUUGGCCUACAGAGAACGAUUCCCGUUACUUUUGGGUACCCCCUCGUACGUGCGCCGGCGCGGCGGAUUAAGUAGAUCCAGAUGGUACGAGUCAGCGGGGUGUGCUGGUCCACAGCACGCCGAGUCGUUGUCACCGGUCUGGGGCUUGUCACACCACUCGGCUGCGGCUCGCAACAUGUCUGGGACAGGCUGUGUCGCGGUGAUGUCGGCAUUGUGCCGCUUGCCGGCCCCGAGUUCGCGGGUCUGCCCAGUCGGGUGGCCGGCCUGGUGCCCGAGGGCUCGGCGGCCGGCCAGCUGAACCUCGCCGACCAUUUCGCCGCCUCGGAGCGCCGCUCGCUCAGUCGCGCCACCUGUCUGGCGGUGGUGGCGGCGGAGGAGGCCGCUCGCAGCGCUGGCUGGCGGCCGCGCACCGAAACCGAACAGGAGCGGACGGCUGUGUGCAUCGGUAUGGCCUCCCCGGACCUGGAGGACAUCGCCGCCUCGGCGCGCCGGCUGCAGGAGCGCGGUGCGCGCGGCGUGUCGCCGCAUUUCGCGGCCCGUAUUCUGCACAACAUGCCGGCCGGGCUGGUGGCCAUCCGUCUGCGGUGCCGCGGCCCCAACCACGCCGCCUCCACCGCCUGCGCCACCGGCGCGCACGCCAUCGGUGACGCGCUGCGCCUACUGCGUGCCGGCGCCGCCGACGCGGCCUUCUGCGGCGCCGCUGACGCCGGCGUCUCGCCGCUCGCCGUGGCCGGCUUCUCGCAGAUGCGCGCGCUGAGCGUGCGGUCCAACGCUGCGCCGGCAGAGGCGUCGCGGCCGUUUGACGCGGCGCGCGACGGCUUUGUGAUGGCGGAGGGCGCCGGUGUGCUGCUGCUGGAGACGCUGGAGCACGCGCGCCGCCGCGGCGGCCGGCCCAUCGCCGAGCUGCUCGGCUGUGGCCUCUCCGGCGACGCGCGACACGUGACGGCGCCCUGCGAGGACGGCGACGGAGCGCGCCGCGCCAUGGCCGCCGCCAUGCGUGACGCUGGCGUCUCGCCGGGGGACGUGACGCACGUGAACGCGCACGCCACCGGCACGCCGCUGGGCGACCGCGCCGAGCUGGGCGCCGUGGCCGCGCUGCUGGCCGGCUCGCAGCCGCUGGUCACCUCGUGCAAAGGCUCGCUGGGCCACCUGCUGGCGGCGGCCGGCGCCGUGGAGGCCGCUGCCACGGCGCUCUCGUGCCGCUACGGCCUGGUGCCGCCGACAGCCAACCUCGCCCACCCGGAGCCGGUGGACGGGGUGCGGCUGGUGGUGCCGCCACGCGCGGCUCACUGGCGAACCGCCGGCCGCCGGGUGGCGCUCAAAAACUCAUUCGGAUUCGGUGGGACCAACACUAGCCUCUGCUUUGCCGAGUUUGUCGAGUGACUCGGCGUUGUUUGGGACAGCAACUGUGCUUUCCAAUCUGUCUUGACCUCCCUCUAAUAGUGAUUAGCUGGGCAGGAUAUGGCGUGCAUUGUGCAAUGAUAAGGUCAUGCUGUGACGCUGGUCGGUGCCCGGUGAAUUUCGCGAUGUGCAACGCCCACAAGCUGCCUUUGUGAAAACAGCGAGUGUGGCCGUUACGUAAUAUUAUAGUGUGUUUGACCGCAUGCGUAGAUUGGUUAACCACUAGUCAGUGAUAUUCCGAUCAAUUGUCCUGUUGGAAUAUUCGUUAGGUAUGCUGUAGAAGAUCCGCUGGCCCGAGCUUUAUCAAACAAUUUUGAUGCUAAGAACGCAUCAAUGCUAAUACUGGCUGAAUGAUGAGAAUACCUGCAAUGCCAGUUAAUGUGGUAUAAAGGAGGAAAUGAUUUCACAAAAUAGACUCUUGAAAAGCA